AUGUCCUAUCCAGACGAGAAGGGCUUUGCCAAGCAUGAAGGCCCCGAUGGCAAAAUUCAUGAUGUCGAUUCCACAGAGGCACAUGGUGAGGCUGGAGUGCAGCCAGAGGCAACCCUCAAAAGGCAGUUGAAGAACAGGCAUAUUGCUAUGAUCAGGUGCAGUGUCAUUGGAACUGGUUUAUUCUUGGGAACAGCAACAUCUCUCGCCAAUGGCGGUCCCCUUGGUCUUCUGCUUGGUUAUAUCACUGUUGGCACUAUUUGCUACAGUGUAAUGAUCUCCCUCGGUGAAAUGGUCGCUUACUUGCCGAUCCCCGGAGGGCAUAUCAAACUCGCCGGACGAUUUGUGGAUCCCGCACUGUCUUUCACUAUGGGCUGGAAUUACUGGUACAAUUGGACGAUUAUUUUGCCAGCGGAGCUAAGUGCCGCUUCGGUAUUGAUGUCGUAUUGGAAGACGGUUAUGAAUCCAGCUGUUUGGAUCACAAUGUGUUUAGUUCUUGUUGUCGUAAUAAACUUGUUUGGCGCUGGCGUUUAUGGUGAAUGCGAGUUCAUAUUCGCGUCAAUAAAGGUCAUUACGAUCACUGGUCUUAUCAUUCUUGGCAUUGUACUUGACCUUGGCGGAGGACCAAAUCAUGAUCGGAUUGGAUUUCGCUACUGGAAAAACCCCGGUCCAUUCCAUCAAUUCAAUGACAUUGGUGGUUCAGAGGGUCGUUUCUUAGGUUGGUGGGCAGUGAUGACUCAGGCCGCGUUCUCUUUCAUUGGCACAGAGAUUGUCGCUAUUGCCGCUGGUGAAGCGAAAAAUCCUCGUAGGAACCUUCCCAAAGCAAUUAAACGUGUCUACAUCCGUAUUCUCCUCUUCUACAUCGGGGGCACUUUCAUCAUUGGACUGCUCGUACCAUCAAACAACAGUGAUCUGAAACUUGGCUCAAAUACAGCAGCACAAUCUCCUUUUGUCAUUGCUAUCCAGACAGCGGGCAUUAAGGGACUUCCUCACGUCAUUAAUGCCGCUCUCCUUACCUCUGCCUGGUCAGCUGCCUCUUCUGAUCUGUACACGUCGUCGCGCGCACUAUACGGUUUAGCGCUAUCGGGCAACGCUCCAAAGAUCUUCACAACGGUGACGAAGAAAGGUUUACCGCUCCUUUCCAUCUUGUUUUGUACUGCCUUCUCGUUCCUUGCGUACAUGGGCGUUACAGCGGGUUCUGGGAAAGUUUUCCAGUGGUUCGUGAACAUGACUUCGGUGGCCGGGUUGAUGACCUGGUUUGGUAUUACCGUCACGUACCUCCGCUUCCAUGCGGGCUUCAAGGCACAAGGUUUCGAUCGCUCGACACUUCCGUACGCUAGCAAGCUCAAUCCAUAUGCUGCUUGGUAUGCCAUGAUUAGUUGCAUUGUGAUUUGCUUCUUCUCUGGUUGGUCUGUCUUCCUGAAGGGCAAAUGGGACACAGCUAGUUUUGUCACAAAUUAUCUUCCUUUCAUGCUGUUCCCAAUCCUAUAUGUUGGAUCUCGGAUGUACUACAGGUGCCGACCGCUCAAGGUGCACGAGAUGGACUUCAUCACGAAUAUCAAGGAAAUUGAGGCUGAGACGUAUGACGACCCGCCUCCGCGCAAUUGGGGAGAACGUUUCUGGGGUUGGCUGGUAAGCUCAAUCACACUGACAUUUCACCUCAUCUCAUGA